AUGUAUCGAUUUCUUCAAGUUGCCAAGGCUAGUACAAAAGCUAUUCUGCACGGUGAAAUGAAAGGGGAUAGAGGGCUGAAGACGGACAAGGAUGCUGGCGCGGGUCCCCGGAAGAUUCUCAACGAGCCAAGGGACACAACUUGCAUCCGGGGCUGGCUCCCCGUUCCAUGGAAACAAGAUGAUGCGUGUCAAAGAAAAAAGAAGGCGCGCCGCCGGCGGAGGGGGUGUAUGUCAAGCCUGGCGCCAUUUGCAACAACAAACAUGCACGGAUUGGCGUCGGCCUUUUCUGGCAGCCACCGCGCGAAAGCCGAGCAUCGAGGCUGGCCGGUGGACAACGUGUUGAAAUCAAAGAACCAAGUUUGA